AUGAAGACCAACACCGGUCUAUUGGUUACAGUCGCGGUGCUGUUAGCUAUUGCGACUUUUGUCUCAGCACAGGGUCUAAUUCAGGAGUGGCGCGUUAUAAUAUUGGCUGAAAAGAAGAAAGACACAGCCAGAACAGGAAUUAAAA